CAUCCCUAAGCUCAUAUUAUUAUCAAAGCGGACUUUUACCUGCUAACUUUAACAAUGGGAGAAGUUGCCAACUAUUACAAUCUGCAACAAACAUUCCUGGUUUCAUUUAGUUUGCGAAUUGCAGACAUUCUUCCGCCACAUGAGUUGGCGCAAUUCCCAAGAUAUGCCUACGGUUAACUUACUCGAAGAAUACUAUACACUUCUAAAGAGUUAGGCCAUGCCUGCAUAUUAUUAUCAUAUUAAAUUUGAAACCUAUCCUACGCCGACUCCAACUCCACAAAGGAAAGGAAAGGUAUCGCAAUCAUACGAGAGUCCUAUUUGGCAGCCGAGAGAAACUUCGAAUAUAUUCGACAACCUCCCGUCGCAUUCUCGACCACAGACGGCGGCCGCGCUUCACGAGUACAAAGUAUCGUAUGGCCCACAGCGACAUCAGACCCCGCCUGUCCAUGCAAAUGUCAACCCGAGUGUUAUCGAUUGCGGCGCCCCUCGACCACUUGAAGCUCAAGACGAUCGCAAUAUCAUACGACUUAGCGAGAGACAACACCGACAACGAACGCUCAGCUACCCGCCUCCCCAAUCAUAUAUUGCCAUAAAUCCGCAGACUGCAGUUAAGGACUGGAGAUUCGGACAGCUCCGGGUCGAGAGCAUUGACGUGGACGGCUACGAAGGUAUGCCGACAACAUCUGCAGCGGCGGCCGCUGUCGGCCCCUCUAUGGGAGGUGCUGGCAAGGCUACGAAGGCAAGAUAUGUUCCGUUGACUACUUCGAAGAAUACCGAAUUAGGUUGGGGUAUCGUUCAUCUAUACCGCGAAGAUACAGAGAACUCGGAGCUUAUGGUGUCAUCUGAUCAUAUAGCUGAUGGAGAUGAAGAACAAGACGGGGCACAAACCGACUGCACAACAGUUUGUAUUCCGGCGGUUCCAAGCUAUCUUUCCCCAAGCGAUUUUCUCGGUUUUAUGGGUGACAAAUGGAGGGAUGAAGUUAGUCAUUACCGUAUGGUCAUGACAGGGCGGAUGAACAGAUACCUUGUUCUCAUGAAGUUUAGAGAGAGUAAGCUGGCGCAGCUUUUUAGGCGCGUAUUCGACGGCAAGGUAUUCAAUAAUGUUGAGCCGGAGACGUGUACCGUCGCCUUCGUAAAAUCUGUUACCUUCGAGAGUCCAACUGGGUCGAAUGGCAGUUUUCCGGAUCUUAGCCAUGAUCCAUUUACGCCAUCCACUUCAGCAACGUCGAACUCACUUAAACCCUUCCCACCACCAACACCAAAUUUAAUCGAAUUACCUACUUGUCCCGUCUGUCUAGAACGAAUGGAUAAUACUACAGGUUUAUUAACAAUUCCUUGCCAGCAUGUAUUUCACUGUUCAUGCCUGCAGAAAUGGAAGGGAUCCGGCUGUCCUGUUUGUCGACAUACAAACCCGACACCACCAUCCUCCUCCUCAAAUGCUCAUAUGUCAACUUCCCACGACCCUAAUAACCCAUAUACCCAGCCUUUCGGUUCGCGUGUAUCUAAUCUGUGCUCGGUUUGUGAUUCACCUGAUGACCUCUGGAUAUGCCUUGUCUGCGGCAACGUAGGCUGCGGACGAUACAAAGGAGGUCACGCAAAAGAGCACUGGAAGGACACGGCCCACACGUUUUCAUUGGAGUUAGAAACACAGCAUAUAUGGGAUUACGCUGGAGAUAUGUGGGUACAUCGCUUAAUUAGGGACAAGGGCGAUGGUAAGGUCGUUGAAUUGCCUGGUCGUCAAGGAGGGCCCUUAAGACCCGAUGAGCUUGAAGAUCAGGACGUUGUACCUCGAGCCAAGCUUGAGAGUAUCGGCAUGGAGUAUACUCAUCUACUCAGUAGCCAGUUGGAGAGUCAACGUGUCUAUUUCGAAGAGAUGCUCUCGAAAGCUGCAGACAAAGCAGCUCAAGCAUCAGCAGCUGCGGAGAAGGCCGCAGCCCAAGCGUCACAGGCAUUGAAAGAACUAAAAGAACUGAAGGCUGAACAGCAUCAACUACGCACCGAGGCAAUACCGGCACUCGAAAAGGAUUUAGAACGCGAGCGCAACCGCUCAGUCAAAUCAACUGAUCUUGCGCGAGGGUUAGGAAAGAGCCUCCAAGAGGAGAAGAAGGUGUCAGAAGGACUGAUGAAGCGAAUUGAACAUACAAAUAAGGAGCUCGAGAGCCUAGGUGAGCAGGUCAAAGCGUUGCAGAUAGAGAACGCAGAUCUGAAGGACCAGAAUCAUGACUUGACGAUGUUCAUUUCAGGUCAGGAGAAGCUCAAGGAACUAGAAGCUGAGGGUAAAGUUGAAGAGGGCGAGGUUCAGGAGGGAAGUGUUUCCAUACCCGAGGACAGGAGACGGCGGAAAGGAAAAGGCAAGGGCAAGAAUUAAACCCCUUAUCAAGCUCCGAGAGACAUCCAUUGCCCCCUAUACCGGUAUCAUCGGUAAUAGAUAGCGGUUUGCUGUCAUCGGAGACGCAUUGGAGACGUAUCAGAGACGCACGGAAUCAAACGGAGACCAUUGCGACCCGAGACAAAUUGCUAGCGUGCGUAAUGCAACGCCCGUCAAGAGAGAUUAGGGAACCUAGAAGUGCAAAAAUGAUGUGCUCAGUUAUGAUAUAAAGCUUGGAUACGAGUGCUCAAGGAUGCUUUAUCGCCGCUACGAAUCCAUUACAAAACUGCAACUGUGCGGCACUGAGAUAUCUAUAUGGUGCACGCUCCAGUGGCGUUCGAUAUGCAGCAGCGCAAUUCCGGUUUGAUUAGGUGUAUGUCUCGCAUUUCGUAUCAGUGUCUAUGAUUGCCACAUAUUACAUAGUAUAUUCUUCGACCUGCAUGAUCCAGGCAUGGCUUAUAUGGAGCUGGCUCUGCGAUCUGUGUGAUACCC